GCGACGAGAUGGAGGCCGCCGCCGCUCCCGCCACCGCCAUCACCCCGAGGCACAAGGUGAAGAAGCAGAUAAACCUCUUCUACUGCGCCGAGUGCGAGGAGCUGGCCGCCAAGGUCGCCGCCACCUCCGACGCCAUCCAGCUCCAGUCCAUCGCCUGGAGGACCUUCCCGGACGGGUUCCCGAACCUGUUCAUCAGCAACGCGCACGACAUCCGGGGCCAGCACGUGGCCUUCCUGGCCUCCUUCAGCUCGCCGGCCGUCAUCUUCGAGCAGAUCUCCGCCAUCUUCGCGCUGCCCAAGUGCUUCAUCGCCUCCUUCACGCUCGUGCUGCCCUUCUUCCCCACGGGCUCCUUCGAGCGCGUCGAGGAGGAGGGCGACGUCGCCACCGCCUUCACCCUCGCGCGGGUGCUCUCCAUGAUCCCCAAGUCGCGCGGCGGGCCCACCAGCCUCGUCAUCUACGACAUCCACGCGCUCCAGGAGCGGUUCUACUUCGGGGACGACGUCCUGCCCUGCUUCGAGACCGGGAUCCCGCUCCUGCUCAAGCGCCUCAGCCAGCUACCCGACGCUGACAAUAUCACCAUUGCCUUCCCAGAUGAUGGGGCGUGGAAGCGCUUCCACAAGUCACUGGUCAACUUCCCAAUGGUUGUCUGUGCCAAGGUCCGUGAAGGCGACAAGAGGAUAGUUCGGAUUAAAGAAGGGAACCCUGAAGGGCGACAUGUCGUCAUUGUUGACGAUUUAGUGCAAUCUGGGGGAACUCUUAGGGAGUGCCAGAAAGUUUUGGCUGCUCAUGGUGCCGCAAAAGUUAGCGCCUAUGUGACUCAUGCUGUGUUCCCCAACCAGUCCCAUGAACGCUUCAUGACCGCUAAUUCUGCUGGGCCAGAUGACCAGUUUGCUUACUUCUGGAUCACGGAUUCACGCCCUCAAACGGUCAAAGCCAUCAGCCAACAUCCUCCAUUUGAGGUGUUGAGCCUUGCUAGCUCCAUUGCUGACGCCCUUCAGAUAUGAACUUGUACUGUGCGUUGGGCUUCCUCCCAUAUUUAAGAUUUAGUUUCCAGCUCCAGCAAAACAAAUAAUGUGGAGCGAGUUAUCUAGUUGUGUCGGAUCUGAAGCUUCUGUUAUCAGCCCCAUGUUUGGAUAAUAAAACCUGGCAUUAGAUAUUCACCGAUGAAGUUAUCUGUAUUCGCUUCCACGGAUUCUGACAUCACAUAACAGGUACUAAUGCCAUGAAAUCUGAGUGUGUGCAUUUGAUUGAGUUA